AUGAUAGCUGCUGCCGAAGGGUAUUUAAGCUCGGCAGAUAGUGGAAUAAAUGAAGAGUUUUAUAGUUGUUUUAACGUAGAAGCAAAGGCGUCUAAACUCUUGCAAGUGCGUGCCUUGCAUCGUCUUCUGGAAUGGAGAUAUCAUAAACAGCCAUGGCCUUCCAUACCAGUUACCUCAGCAAAUUUAAUAGAUCAUCUGUUAACUCGCAUUAAUCAGGCAUCGGGAUUAUAUCAAAUGUUUGGAAAGCUCGUCGAUAUUAUUAUAAUCGGGCAUAAUCACUCGCAUCAGUAUCUAGAGGAGGUUCCUGUAGGAAUUAUACCGGAACUAAAAACCGAAACUGGUAGAGAUAUAAAGAAUGGUUUCAUUACUCUUACUUUUGAAUACGGUAAAGAAUUUUCCGGGAAAGGCAAGGAUACUUUGGGUCCUGAAAAUUAUAAUCAUACCGCGAAAACAGCCCAUCGAAGUGGGAAUAUUCAUCCAAUAAUUCGAUAUUAUAAAAAUUUUAUAAAAUCUAAGAAAGAUGAAGCAUCAAUACCACCAGCAAACAAGGAACACCAUGUUUUGGAGGAUUUUCUGACAGACUGGAGCGUUUACAAUCAUCAUGGUCAUUACAUUAAUCUAUUUAUCCAAAGUAUUCUUCAAACCGAUCUUCGCCAUUUUUAUGUCAAAUCUUGCUUUGAGCUAUCCAUGACUUUCAAAACUUUACCGACAAGUUGUGAUCGCACCGUUAUAGAAAGAUCAAAGCUAAAGACUUAACUUCUUCACAAGCCAUCGAUUGUUAACACUCUGUUAGCGAUGCCGAAAUCUUAUGACUAUAUCUUGUUCUUUCAAUAAUUAAUUAAUUAAUUAACGAAAUACUUUUAUAAUUAAUAUAUAAAGUUAUUUUUAUUAAUUAUUUUGCUAAAUGGUUGUGUAUCAGAAAUUAUUCAUUGUCUUUCGUAGCGGACGAAAUGUUCGAAAUAACAGCGCUGAAAUACCCAUUGAUGAUAUCUACUUAAUAUGUAACCAUACAUAUCUGUAUAAGCCUAAACUAGGUGAUAAAAUUAGC